ACUACUGACAUUAGAAAAGAGUGAAUGUGAGAAUAUGGUAUCCAGAAGCUGUGGUACUCAGAAAACAUCCUCUGCAGCUGCUCUCCACAUGAAGACGCCUCACAGACAAACACAAAAGAUUACAGGCAAAAAAAGAACUCAUGACUGCUCAGACUGUGGAAAGAGUUUUAUUACACAGAGUAGCCUCAAAACACACCAGCGCAGUCACACAGGAGAGAAACCAUAUCACUGCUCAGAGUGUGGAAAGAGUUAUACUACACAGAGGAAUCUUCAAAUACACCAGCGCAUUCACACAGGAGAGAAACUAUAUCACUGCUCCGAGUGUGGACAGAGUUUUACUAGACAGAAUCAUCUCCGGACACACCAGCGCAUUCACACAGGAGAGAAACCAUAUCACUGCUCCGAGUGUGGAAAGAGUUUUACUACACAGACUCAUCUACGAACACACCAGCGCAUUCACACAGGAGAGAAACCGUAUCACUGCUCAGAGUGUGGAAAGAAUUUUGGUCAACUGAUUAGUCUCCAGCUACACCAGCGCUUUCACACAGGAGAGAAACCGUAUCAGUGCUCAGACUGUGGAAAAGGUUUUACUGCACAGAGUAAUUUCCAACGACACCAGCGCAUUCACACAGGAGUGAAACCAUAUCACUGCUCGGAGUGUGGAAAGAGCUUUAGUCAACGGAGUCAUCUCCAAACACACCAGCACAUUCACACAGGAGAGAAACCGUAUCACUGCCCAGUGUGUGGACAGAGUUUUACUAGACUGAAUUAUUUCCAAACACACCAGCGCAUUCACACAGGAGAGAAACCGUAUCACUGCUCAGAGUGUGGAAAGAGUUUUAGUAGACAGAGCAGCCUUCAAACACACCAGCGCAUUCACACAGGAGAGAAACCGUAUCACUGCUCAGAGUGUGGAAAGAGUUUUAGUCAACUGAUUAGUCUCCAAAGACACCAGCACAUUCAUACAGAAGAGAAACCGUAUCACUGCUCAGUGUGUGGACAGAGUUUUACUACACAGAGUCAUCUACAAAAACAUUGGCACAUUCACACCCGAGAAUAAUCGUUUCACUGCUCAAACUGUGGGAAUGUUAU